AUGCUGGCUCUCGAGGCCGCGCCGGACGCCGAGCGCGCUCUCGUAGCCAUCGCUCCCCCUCCUCCUCCUCCUCCCCCACUCACCUCUUCAGACACUCAUCCGUCUCCCGAUGCAUCACCAAGUCCAGACGCAGCAGCACCUCACGCACCGGAGACAACGACGCUCACGGACUUAUCGCAGGACGUUUCUAAUUGGACGCUGCACUCGGACCAUUCCCUGCACACGUUUCUAAAACGGUAUUCGUCGGAUUUGUUCGUACGGACAAAAGCACUGGAAGAUCAAGUACGGGACAUUGCAGCGGACGCGGAUGCCGCGCACGUGCGACUGAAGAACACGUUGAACCAGUUUCUCCUGCUGUCGAACAACCAGUUUAUGGAGAACCGCGUGUACGAUGAAGAGCAGGAGGAUUUCUAUAGUUUAGAAAUGUCAAGCGAGGACAAGCUCGAGACGGACAAACGAGACAGGGACAGAGACGAGACGGGCGCAGCGGCAGCUACUGCAACGACUUUAGCAACAACUACUUCAGCUUCUGCUUUGGUGGACAAGGAAGGAGGAGGAGCCAAAGCUGCUGCUGAGUCUAUUGUGACAAAGUACAGGUCGGCUCUGGAUAUGGGGAUGGAAGCCAUGAAGCUCUUUGUGAUGAUGGACGAUGAGGAUGAAGACGAGGCUGAUGACGAUGCAAACGAGGAAACGUCGUCGCCGUUUGAGACGGUGCUGGACAUUUACAAUGAACGGCCAUUGCCGUUUAUUAUUGGGACGAGGGAGUUUCUUGAAGACGAGACGCUUGGACUUGGUGCUGCACCAGAAGAGUAUUCUGAGAGUGACAGUGAUGGAAGUGACUCGUCGUCUUACAGCAGUUCGGGAUCCGAGUCGGACUCGGCGGCGUCGAAUGCGUCAUCGGCAUCGAGAAGAUCGAUGUCACGCUCGCGGUAUCGGUCGAGCUCGGGAGAGUCGGAGAGGUUGUCGGCUGCCUCUCGUGAACGCUCGAAUUCUGACGAGAGUGAAAUGAGCGGCUUGUUUGGUCGUCCGCCUGUAGUCGAGCCGUCUCGACGACGCGCAGAUUCCGAUGAAAGCGAUACGAGUGGACUCUUUGGUCGUCCGCCAGUGCUUGAGUCUACUGCGCCGCAGCCGAGCACAACCAUUCCGCGCGCACGACGCGCUUUGUAUUCUGAUAGUAGCAGUGACGAAGAUGAAGACGGUGCGGGCUUGUUUGGUGCCAGCACGGCUCCUCCGGUAUCAGCUCCUCGUUCACAACCGGUACACCGUGCACCUCAGAGUGGUCUAUUUGGUGAGGGCGAGAGUGAUGAUAGCGACGAUAGCGAUGCGAGCGAGGUGUUCGGUGCUAACGAGUCAGCAGCCACCCGGACAUCAUCGGCUGCUGCCAAGCCGCCUCUGGUAGUUGCCCCUAGACCAGCUCCUAGCGUUACACGCGACAUCAGUGAUAGCGACAGUGACGAUGAUGAUGAUGAAGACGACGGCUUAUUUGGAACAUCCCGGGUUGCCAAGCCUCCUGCUGCUGCGCCAGUCCUUUUAGCACCAACGCAGACUCGACAGUCGCGGGUGCUUAGUGACUCGAGUGACUCGGACGGAGGUGAUGCAUCUGCUCGACAACUUCAACCUGUACACCGUGCCCCACAAAGUGGUCUGUUUGGUGAGGGUGAUAGCGAUGACUGCGACGAUAGUGAUGCUAGCGGUCUUUUCGGUGCAAACAAGUCACCAGCAGUUUCAAACAAGCCACCAGCUGUUGCCAAGCCGCCUCCAGUAGUGGCCCCUAAACCAGCUUCUGCAGUCGCACUCGAUGCCAGUGAUAGCGACAGUGACGAUGAUGAUGAAGACGACGGCUUAUUUGGAAUACCGCAAGUUACCAAGACUCCUGCUGCUGUACCAGCUGUUGCCCGACCGACACAAGCUCGGCAGUCGCGGGCCCUCAGCGACUCGAGCGAAUCAGAUGGAGGUGAUCUGUUCGGAGCGACACCCUCUCAACCUGCGUCGAUGUUGAUGCCGCAGCCAGCUCUGAUGUCGGCACCAAAACCUGCGAUGGUGACGUCAGUGCUUCCUGCUGCGCCACGCAGCAAUCAACGUCAUUCUUCAGACGACGAUGGUGAUGACUGGAGCGACGAUGACGAAGGUCUCUUUGGUGCACCGACGUCAGCUCCAAUCUCGGCCUUGUCGCCGGCGUUAGCUACUUCGGUGCCGCUUGGUAAGCCGUUGACCGACCGUCAGAACUCCUCGGACGACGACAGUGAUGACUGGAGCGAUGAAGACGGUGGUUUGUUUGGUGUACCAAAGUCGAAACCUGCCGAUGCACAGUCAGUAGGAGCUCCGGCACAAGCAGGAGCGAGCACUUCUGCGUCAGCCCCGAUGCAAGCUAGAGCGCUUUCAGAACCGCCGUUUGGAUUGCUAGCAGAUACUUCCGUACCUGCCGCCGGGUUGCCAAUAUCCAAUGCUGCUGCACGAAUGCGUGCCAUCGAGUCUGAAUCGGAUUCUGACUCUGACUCUGACUGGGAUGGCGACGGUGGGCUGUUUGGUCCUCCAAAGAAUUAG